AUGAACUGUAUACAUUGGAUGGAGGGAUGGAUUGAAUUAUAUCUAUUCGUAUACCUACAUGUUUUGGGUUCAAAAAAAUUAUUAUUUUUAUUUAAAACUGCUAUCUCUAUCAUCAUGGGCGUAAUUUCUAUAUAUUUGUUUGAUAUUACGAUGAUCAGGCCUGUACUUUAUCCUGCCAAUUUAAAACCUUCAACCAAACCAGAUUCCUCAAUGCUUUCUUUCCAUUUCAUUCCUUUAUUAAUUACAGACGAUUCAAAAGUAACUAAUAAUAUUAAAUCUAUCUUUAAUACUACUACUAGAAAAAAGGAGGAGGAAGAAGAAGAUAUUGCAAUUAUUGGUAUUGGAUGUAGACUACCAGGUGGAUCAAGAACACCACAACAAUUUUAUGAACAGUUACUUGAAGGUUUAGAUGGAGUAUCAAAGGUGACACCGGAUCGAUGGUCACCUUCAUUCACAGAUCAAGGGUUGGUUGCAUGUGAAAGAGGUGGAUUCUUGGACAUGAAAGAAUGGACACACUUUGAUCGCCAGUUCUUUGGUAUAUUGACAAAGGAUGCUGCUGGUACUGACCCACAAGUAAGACUAUUUGUUUCCGUCAUUUGGGAGGCAUUGGAAGACGCUCAUAUUGAUCCAGCUGCCAUUCGUGGGAGUGACACCUCUGUUUUCCUCGGUCAAAUGUUUGAAGCAAACAGUCAUAUGCACUCACACGAUAUUACUAGUAUGGUUGGAAACAGAGGUGGUCGGUCAGACACUGCACUCAAGGCAUCGUAUCUGUACGACUUUCGUGGCCAGUCGUUGUCAAUCGACACUGCAUGCUCGUCGUCGUUGAUUGGUGUUCUCCAAGGUAUCGACACUAUUCGUCGAGGUGAAAGUGACAUUUCAGUAUGUGGUGGUAUGAAUGCGUUCCUUGAUCCCGCCACAUCCAUCAUGUUUACCGGUGCGGGUAUGUUGGGCAAGACAGGCAAAUGCGCAUCGUUUGACGCAUCAGCCGACGGAUACGUAAGAGGUGAAGGUGUUGGCGUGGUCGUGCUCAAGAGACUAUCAAAAGCAAUCGCCGACAAUGACAAUAUCUACUGUGUCAUUAAAGGAGGGUGUUCCAACACGGAUGGCAACUUUGAAAAGACGUCUCCCACUGCACCGUCACCAGCAGCCCAACAACUCAACACUAAACGUGCGCUUGCAAAGGUCGGCUUUAAACCCGAGGACAUUUACUAUAUCGAAUGUCAUGGAACGGGAACACCCACCGGUGACCCCUUGGAAAUCCAAGGUAUUGCUCGAGUAUUUGGAGAAUCACAUACCAAGUCUGCCCCUCUCCGCAUCGGAUCGGUUAAAAGUAACAUUGGACACACUGAAAGCACAGCAGGGGUUGCAUCCAUCAUCAAGUGUGCCAUGAUGCUAAAGAAUAGAACACUGAUCAAGAAUAUCAAUUUCAAUCAAUUAAAUCCAAGAAUUGAUCUGUUGGAUGGCAGAAUUAAAAUUGUCCUAGAAAAUGAACCUUUUCCUCCAAAUCAAUUAAUUAAAAUUGGAAUUAAUUCUUUUGGUUUAACUGGUAGUAAUUCUCAUAUUAUUCUUCAAGAAUAUCAAAAUAAUAAUAAUAUUAAACCGGAAAUUCAAAUUAAUAAUCAAAUUAAUAAUAAUGAUUAUUUAAUACCAUUUUCAGCAAAUAGUAAAAAAUCAAUUGAAUUAUAUAUUGAUAUGAUAAAGAAUAAUGUUGAUAGUUAUCGUAACAAGAUGACAUUUGAAGAUUUUGUUAGAUAUCAAUCACAAUCAAAAACAAAUCAUCCAACUUGUAAAAAGGUUAUCAUUGCCAAGGAUUGGGACUCGUUUUCAUCAUCGAGCACAAUGGUUUAUGAAAAACAACAAACAUUUGUAUCGAGUAUGUCACAAUUGAACAAUGGAACCAAGAAAUCAAUAGUCAUGGUGUUUUGUGGUCAAGGAGCACAAUGGAGUGGAAUGGGUGAAAAGUUGUACACCCAUUACAAUGUGUUCCGUGAUGCCGUAGAUCACGUCGAUCAACUACUCUCACAACACUACCAAUACUCAAUCAUUUCCAAAUUAAGAAAUAGUAAUGAAAAGGAAAUUCAUCAUCCAAUUCUAGCUCAACCAUCAACCUUUAUCAUUCAAGUUGCACUAGUCAAACUAUAUCAAUAUUUUGGUAUCAUUCCUUCAAUUGUUGUUGGUCAUAGUUUUGGAGAUAUAACAGCAGCAUGGUGUUCAGGAAUAAUAUCAUUAAAAGAAGCAUGUAGAAUUGUUUAUAUUAGAAGUGUUGCACAAAAUAAUACAAUUGCAAGUGGUAGAAUGUUGGCAGUAUCAUUAUCUUAUGAUCAAUUUAAAGAGAGAUUCCAAUCGUCGUCAAUGUAUGACUCUGUAGAAUUGGCAUGUUACAAUUCAGCCGAUUCAAUUGUAUUGGCGGGUGACCAAGACCAACUCUUAUUAAUUGAUCAACAAUUAAAGAAUGAGAAUGUGUUUAGCGCAUUCCUUGGUACACCAUGUGCAUUCCAUUCAUCAAAACAAGAAUCAACCAAAGAAUUUAUAUUUAAUCAUUUGGAUCAAAUUAAAUAUGAAUGUGAUAAACCAACAAUCCAAUACUAUUCAACAACUACAUCAAAAUUAAUAGAAUCAUCAUCAGAAUUUAAUGCACAAUAUAUUUAUGAUAAUCUAAGACAACCAGUAUUAUUUCAACAAACAAUUAAUAAUAUUAAUUUAAAGUUUAAUAAUAAUAAUCAAAAGGAAGAGGAAUAUAUUUAUUUAGAGAUUGCUCCACAUUCAACAUUAUCAUUUUAUUUAAAGACAUUAUUACAAAAAUCAACAACUAUCCUAUCACCAUUAAAUAGAAAAAAGGAUGAAAUAGAAUCAAUUCAAUCAUGUCUAUCACAACUUUAUUUUAUUGGUGCCAAUGUUGAUUUCUCUUGUCAAUUGCCACCAAUCCAUAUAUUGGAUACUAUGUGGAAAGAUAGAACAAGACAUUUACCAAGAUAUCAAUGGGACAGUGAAUAUUUGUGGCAUGAACAAGAAUCAUUUAAAACGGUUCGAUUACAAGGUGUAUCAACUACUCUACUUGGUGCAUGUCAUGACGGGUCACUCGUAUUUGAAUCAUCUAUUGAUGUUAAUCGACCAUCAUACCAAUACUUAAAGGGUCACAAGGUUAAAGGAAAAUAUCUAUUCCCAGGAGCCGGAUACAUUGAAAACAUUAUCAAUGCCUUUCCCAACAAAGAUAUCUUUAUCCAUAAUCUUGGAUUCAUUGCACCAUUCUUUCUCAAAGAGGGUGUAGUGUCUAGAUUAAAGUCAUCUUUUAUUCCAUCAUCGUCGUCACUGACAGAUUAUCAAGUCGUUUUUAAAUAUUAUGAUGACAAGGUAUCGAAAUGGAUCAAAUCAUCGGUUGGAAGAUUGACAAUCAAGAAUCCAACCACAAUACUUGAAAAGUACGAUCACGUCGAUCAACUAAAACAAGAUGUAUUCAAUGUUGCUGUCAUGACACCAUCAGACGUCUAUGAAAAGUUAAACAAGGUUGGAUUAAUGUAUGGUGAGACGUUCCGUAGAGUCGUUAAAAUCUCAUUUAGCGAGGAUGGAGCAAUCUUGUGCGAGGUUGAUGCCAAAGCAAGAAACCAUUUUGAACAGUCAAACACUGUCCUCAAUGCAUCGGUAUUGGAUUGUAUUCUUCAUUCAAAUAUUGUAAAGUUUAAAGGUGAACAUCCAAAAUGUGAAGUUGUAUUUGAUAGAGUAGAAGAUUUCCAUAUCUAUUCAAAUAAUCUCCCUAAACAUCCAUGCAACUCUUUAUUCAAUAUGACCAACAUGGCCACCGCCACCAAUCGUCACCAUCAAUACCUACAACGAGGAAAUGAAUUUAAAGGAUCACUAGAUAUUAUCGAUCAACAUGGAAAUAUUAUUGUAAAGUGUGGAACCGUUGUUUGUACAUCAUUGACCAAAGUAUUAAAUGUACAUCAAGCAAAACAUCCAUCAAAAGAUAUAAUCAAACAAUCCAUUUUUCAACCAAAAAAUUCACCUCUUCUUCCUCUCAACAUUGACAGCAACAGUAGUAGUAAUAAUAAUAUUUUUGAAUAUUUGGAAAGAUUUAUAAAAUAUGCAUCAACAACACACAAGAUGAUAAGAAUUAUAGAUUUUGGAUCAAAUGAAUUAAUGUCAUUGGAUUUUAUUAGAGCUAUUAAUCAUUCCAUGGUUACUUGGUGUCAAGAUUUAUCGGUUUAUUUUGUAUUCCCAGAACCAACUCUAGUACUCUCUCUAGAGUCUAUGAACCUUUCCAAAAAAAUGUCAAUCAAAUUAAUUCAAGAUUUUGAUCCAUCCAAAUCAUUAAUCGAUCAAGGUCUAUUGACUAACAGUUUUGAUUUAAUCAUUUCAACUUUGGAAUUCACCAAAAAUAAUAAUAAUAGUCCAAAAGAAUUAUAUCAAUUAUUAAAUCCAAAUGGUCAAUUGGUUUUAUUUAACAAUAAUAAUGAUAUUAAUAAUGAUUACACUACUGCACCAGAUGAAAGUAAUAGAGAAUCAACAAUCAUUAAUCAUUUAAAUCAAUUUAAUAUUGAUAAUUACUUAAAUGAUUCAACAUUGGAUAAUGUUGGAAUGAUUUGUAGAAAACCAUCAAUUGAAGAGAUAGGUAUUGGUGAAUACGAUCAUUUAUUAUUCAUUACACCAUCUUUAUCUUCAUCUUUAUCCUCUUCACUGUCAGAUAGAAUCAUUAAACAAUCAACAUUACCAUUGGAAAUGGUUUCAAAUAGUGUUGGUGUAUUCUCAAGUGACGAUAUCAUGAAUGAAUCAAAAUACCAAUCAUUACUAGACGCAAUCACAUUGAAUAAUAAUAAUAAUAGUAGUGGUCGUAGUGGUAAAGUGGUUAUUAUUUAUUUGGAAUCAACCGAGGAGAUGAAAGCUAAUAAUUUGGAAUUAAAAUCAAUACAACUCGUUAGACUAUACCAAAUCAUUGGAAAGGAACAAUUAUCAGUCAAGUUGAUUACAUUAAUAUCAGGUCAAUUAAAUCAAUGUUUGGUACCAAUCCGAAGAGAGUAUGAUCGUCUAUACGGAACACAUCAAAUUGAUUCAGUCACAAUUUGUGUGGACGAUGCGAGUCGCAAUCAAAUCUCACUUGCUCAGAUACUGAAAUUCUCAAACAACCAUUACACGGGUGAAGAAGAAUUCAAAUUAAAGUGUGAUGAGACUACUGGUGGCAAGAUUCAAGUUUUGGUAGAGAGAUUGGUUCAUGGAUCGGAUCAAUUACAAUUGGAUCCAAGGUACAUUGUUAAUGACCACCAAGAUAUCAAUGUUGCAUUUGAAAAGGAUUCUAAAUACCAUCUUGGACGUAGAAACCAAACACUAUUAGAUAACCAAGUAGAAAUCCAAGUCAAAGCAGCUUCCAUCAAUUUCAAAGAUAUUGUUAUUUUGAAUGGAAUGGUAUCACAAAACUUGUUUCCAUCGGGUGAUGUAUACAACCCACCUUUGGGACAAGAUUUGUCUGGUAUAGUCACAAGAAUCGGAUCCCAAGUCACCAAGUUUAAAGUUGGUGACCAAGUUUAUGGUCUAUCCAAUAGUAGUACAUUUUCUUAUUACUCUAUUGCAUUCCAACAUGAACUUUUCCUUAAACCAAAUCAACUGUCAUUCACUCAGGCUGCAUCUAUUCCAUUGUCAUUGGGUACAUCCUAUUAUGCAUUAUUUAAAAAGGCAAAUAUCGAUUCCGAUGAAACUAUUCUCAUACAUAGUGCAACUGGUGGUGUUGGAUUGGGAAUACUCAACCUCUUAAAACACAAACAACAUAAAGGAAAUAUAUUCGUGACAGUUGGUUCAGAUGAAAAGAAAGAAUAUCUAAAACAAAAUUAUGGUGGUGAUUUAAUUACUUGUAUUCUAUCCUAUGAUAACUUUACUCAACGUAUUCAAGACUUAACUUGUGGUAGAGGAGUUAAUUUUGUAAUCAAUACACUUGACAGUUCAAGAAUGCAAGAUAAUUUCAAAUGUCUUUCUAAAAAUGGUACAUUGGUCGAUUUGUCAAUUGAUCAAUUCAACAAUGUCGAUAAUAUCGCCAUGGAAUCACUAAAGUAUGAAAAGGGAUACUUAGCAAUCCAUUUUGGUAGAGACUAUGCUCAUAGUAUUAUUCCCAAGUUACAAGACCUACUCGUCAGUGAAGAGUUACAACUACCACCAGUCACAUCGUUUUCAUGUCAACAAAUCAAUCAAGCAUUGGAGCAUGUACGAUCAAGAAAACAUAUAGGAAAGGUGGUACUUGAUUUCCAAAAUGUCAAACAAGAUGUACUAGACCCAAUGUUAUUAGAACAAAAGAAACCAAUUGAAAGAUUAGAUUAUCAUCUUGACGGUGUUCAAGAUACACUUUUAAUCACUGGUCAAACUGGUAUCGCCGUUGAAUCACUAUACUAUAUCAUCAAACAUUCACCUAAACUACGUGAUAUUAUAGUAGUUUCAUUCUCCUCACCAAAAUAUGAAAUACAACUAUUAAUGAAUCAUUUCAACAAGAGUAAUAAUAAUAAUAAUAAUACACAACCAAAUAUUCAUUAUAUUAAAUGUGAUGUUGGAGAUUAUAGUCAACUCAAAUCAUUAAUUUUGGAUCUUUACAAAAGAAUUCAAACAAUUAAACCUGUAAAGACUGUAAUUCAUUGUGCCAACAUUUAUCAAACUGUUAGAGCAGAAGAUAUCAACAUUGAAAGCCAUCACCAAGCAAUGUCGGGAAAAGCAACUGGAGCAUUCAACCUUCACAAUCUAUUUGAAGAAUUGGAUUGGAAAUUGAACCAUUUCCACUUGCUCUCUUCGUUUGCUCAGUACAUCCCGACAAAUGGUCUAAGUUAUUCAAUUGGUAAUGCAUUCCUCGAUGGAUUGGCAAGAUACAGAAGAGAACGUGGAUUGGAAGCAACUUCUAUCGCUUGGGGUAGUAUAGGACAGGCUGGUAAAGUGGCAACUGAAAAGGUUGUCGAUCUCACCCUCAACUCGUUUGGAUUCACAAUGAUACCACUGUCCUAUAUGUAUGGUGUGCUGCGAUCAUCAUUUAUCAACCAAUCAACCCCAUUUACAAAUCUAUUAUGCGUAGAUAUUGUCACCAAGAAACUAGUCACAAAUCAACCAAACCUCAGACACAUCAAUUGCCACUUUUUAGAUAUUGGUGCCAAUAUAAAAAAUGACUCGACCCUUUCCAACACUGAUUCAAUUGAAAUCAAGAUUCUCGACUAUGUAUCAGAGAUACUUUCAAUUGAAAAGAAUCUACUCAGUGGUGACACCAAACUCAAAGACUAUGGAGUCGACAGUAUGGUUUCUAUCCAAAUCAAAUCUUGGAUUGAAACAGAAUUUAAAUCUUGUUCUCUCAACCAAUCACAAAUUGCUCAUGGUACAAUUAAUUCAAUCAUUGAAACUAUUAAAAGAAAUAAUUGA